AUGGUCAUCUUCAAAUCAGCCCUCGCUGCGACUGCAGCAGCCGUCGCAAUGGCGGCCCCCUUCACCGAGCCCAGCACGCUCGAUAUCAACAAUCCCGAUUCUAUCAAGGCCGUUGCUGGCAGCCUUGCCUUUGGCGCCAUGUCUUACUAUAAAGGCAACGUCUCGGGUGAUCCCAAGAUGGUCGGUGACCUGCAAGACCCCUACUACUGGUGGCAGGCAGGUGCUCUAUGGGGGGCCAUGCUGGAUUACUACCACUACACUGGUGACUCGAGCUACAACGAUGUCCUCACCCAAGCCCUCACAGCCAAGGUCAAUACAGGUCCCAAGUUUGACUUCAUGCCUCCAGAGCAUGCCUCCGAGGAAGGUAACGACGACCUUGGCUUCUGGGGCUUUGCUGUCAUGGCUGCUGCAGAGCGCAACUUCACCCAGCCGAACCCAGAUGUCCCCUCAUGGCUCCAGAUGGGCAUCAACAUCUUCGACUCCCUGGCUUCUCGCUGGAACACAACCAAUUGUGGCGGCGGUCUGUUGUGGCAGAUCUAUGAGAGUAAUCCCAACGGCUUGAACUACAAGAACUCAGUGAGCAAUGGUGGUUUUUUUCAGCUAGCUGCAAGACUGGCUCGUGCCACGGGUGAACAAAAGUACAUUGACUGGGCCAUCAAGAUUUGGGACUGGUCGGUCAAUGUAGGCUUCCUUGACGCCGACCUCAAGGUUUUUGAUGGAGCCGAUGCCCGCGACGAAUGCAGCAAGGUCAACCCCCUUUCCUUCACCUAUUCUACUGGUAUUUAUCUUUACGGUGCUGCUGUUAUGGCCAACUACACAGGGGAGGCUGUUUGGCAUGAGCGUGCCGUCAAAAUGCUGCAGACUUCCAAGCACUUUUUCAGUCCCUCUGACAACAGUACCAAUAUCAUGUACGAGCCAGCCUGCGAGACCGUUGGCACGUGCAACACGGAUAUGAAGACAUUCAAGGGAUAUCUCUCUCGUUUCAUGUACAAAUCGGCCCAAGACGUGCCCGAGCUCAAGUCUGAGGUCCAGAAGCUGAUGAAUGUCACUGCUGUCGCUGCGGCCAAGGCAUGCGAUGCUACUGACAACGGUGUCACUUGUGGCCAGAAGUGGUACACCGGUGGCAAUGACAAGUCAGAGGGCCUCGGCCAGAUGAUGAGCGCGCUCGAGGCUGUUCAAGGUCUGACCGGCGGUUCUAACCUGGAAUCUAUUCUCAACUAG